CAACUAUCUGAAAAUGAGGAAGUGGACGAGAACACUUAAGCGCUCCCUGGACAGGCUCAGUCCUCGAUCACAUGUACUCUGCCCGUCACUCGGUCCCUUGGUUCCUGACAUCACAUCCUGUCCCGGGAGCCAUCUUUAGGACUGACUGCUUAACUGUAAACUUUCUGGAGCCUCCUUCUGCUAUUGUGCCAGCUCGGACCGUUUCUUGCUCGUCUGCCAGGCUCUGAUGCAGCUGUGAGGCCAGCAGCACGCCCGUGGUGUGUUUUCAGCCUAGCCAACUGGAAGACUGUCCUGAAGGAAGCAGAUCUGGGAAGGAGGGCUUGGGAUGGAGCCCUUGGCCCCGAGGAAAGCUGGUUCUGAGCAGAGGGAAGACUUGGAGGGACAGCCCAGGAGGAUCUUGGAUCGAGGCAUGGCCCUCAACCUCCAGCGAAGCCACAGCAGCUCGGGCAAGAGUAGGAGGGGACCUUACCCCUGCGGCAGCAAUGAGAAGCAAGAGAAUCUCAGGUCAUGGAUUCCUGAAAACAUCAAGAAGAAAGAAUGUGUGUAUUUUGUGGAAAGUCCAAAAUUGUCUGAUGCUGGGAAGGUAGUAUGCGAGUGUGGCCACACACGUGGGCAGCACCUGGAGGAGGCCAUCAUGCCCCGUGCUUUCCAGGGCAAACAGUGGGACCCAAAAAAGCACGUCCAGGAGAUGCCAACAGAUGCCUUUGGUGACAUCAUAUUCACAGGCCUGGGCCAGAAAGUGGGAAAGUUUGUUCGCGUCUCCCAGGACACACCCUCCAGUGUGAUCUACCAGCUCAUGACCCAGCACUGGGGCCUUGACGUCCCCAACCUCCUGAUCUCCGUGACCGGCGGGGCCAAGAACUUCAAUAUGAAGCUGAGGCUGAAGAGCAUCUUCCGAAGAGGCCUGGUCAAGGUGGCUCAGACCACAGGGGCCUGGAUCAUCACUGGGGGAUCCCACACCGGCGUGAUGAAGCAGGUGGGUGAGGCAGUGCGGGACUUCAGCCUGAGCAGCAGAUAUAAGGAAGGAGAGGUUGUCACCAUUGGAGUCGCCACCUGGGGCACCAUCCACAACCGGGAAGGCCUGAUCCAUCCCCUGGGCAGCUUCCCCGCUGAGUACAUCCUGGAUGAGGAAGGCCAAGGGAGCUUGACCUGCCUGGACAGCAACCACUCCCACUUCAUCCUUGUGGACGAUGGGACCCAUGGCCAGUAUGGGGUGGAGAUUCCUCUGAGGACUAAGCUGGAGAAGUUCAUCUCAGAACAGACAAAGGAAAGAGGAGGUGUGGCCAUCAAGGUCCCCAUCGUCUGUGUGGUGCUGGAGGGUGGCCCUGGCACGCUGCAUACCAUCUACAACGCCAUCACCAAGGGCACCCCCUGUGUGAUCGUGGAAGGCUCGGGCCGCGUGGCCGAUGUCAUUGCCCAGGUGGCUAACCUGCCCAUCUCUGAGAUCACCAUCUCCCUGAUCCAGCAGAAGCUGAGCAUAUUCUUCCAGGAGAUGUUUGAGACCUUCACUGAAGGCAGGAUCGUUGAGUGGACCAAAAAGAUCCAAGACAUUGUCCGGAGACGGCAGCUACUGACCAUCUUCCGGGAAGGAAAGGAUGGGCAGCAGGAUGUGGAUGUGGCCAUCCUACAGGCAUUACUAAAAGCCUCUAGGAGCCAGGACCACUUUGGCCACGAAAACUGGGACCACCAGCUGAAGCUGGCAGUGGCAUGGAAUCGUGUGGACAUUGCCCGCAGCGAGAUCUUCACUGAUGAGUGGCAGUGGAAACCCUCAGAUCUGUACCCCAUGAUGAUAGCUGCCCUCAUCUCCAACAAGCCUGAGUUUGUGAAGCUCUUCCUGGAGAACGGUGUGCAGCUGACGGAGUUUGUCACCUGGGACACACUGCUCUAUCUGUACGAGAACCUGGAGCCCUCCUGCCUGUUCCACAGCAAACUGCAGAAAGUGCUGGUCGAGGAGCCUGAGCGUCUGGCCUGCGCGCCCACCGCCCCCCGAGUGCAGAUGCACCAUGUGGCUCAGGUGCUGCGCGAGCUGCUGGGGGACUUCACGCAGCCGCUGUACCCCCGGCCUCGGCAUAGCGACCGGUCACGGGCCCUGCUGCCUGUGCCUCACCUCAAGCUCAACAUGCAGGGAGUGAGCCUGAGGUCCCUCUAUAAGCGCUCGUCAGGCUAUGUCGCCUUCACCAUGGACCCAGUCCGUGACCUUCUCAUUUGGGCAGUGGUCCAGAACCGCCGGGAGUUGGCAGAGAUCAUCUGGGCUCAGAGCCGGGAUUGCAUUGCAGCAGCCCUGGCCUGCAGCAAGAUCCUGAAGGAGCUAUCCAAGGAGGAGCAGGACACGGACAGCUCGGAAGAGAUGCUGGCCCUGGCAGACGAGUAUGAGCACAGAGCCAUUGGGGUCUUCACCGAGUGCUACCGGAAGGAUGAGGAGAGAGCUCAGAAACUGCUUGUCCGUGUGUCAGAGGCCUGGGGCAGGACCACCUGCCUGCAGCUUGCUCUGGAGGCCAAGGACAUGAAGUUUGUGUCUCACGGGGGCAUCCAGGCCUUCCUGACUAAGGUGUGGUGGGGCCAACUCUCUGUGGACAAUGGGCUGUGGCGUGUGAUCCUGUGUAUGCUGGCCUUCCCGCUGCUCUUCACCAGCCUAGUCUCCUUCAGGGACAAGAGGCUGCAGGCUAUGUGUGGCCUGGCCCGCAUUUGUGCCUUCUUCAACGCCCCAGUGGUCAUCUUCCACCUGAACAUCCUGUCCUACUUCUCCUUCCUCUGCCUCUUCGCCUACGUGCUCAUGGUGGACUUCCAGCCCACGCCCUCCUGGAGCGAGUGUGCCAUUUACCUAUGGCUCUUCUCCCUGGUGUGCGAGGAGACACGGCAGCUCUUCUAUGAUCCCGAUGAGUAUGGCCUGAUGAAGAGGGCGUCCACGUACUUUGGUGACUUCUGGAACAAACUGGAUGUUGCUGCUAUCUUGCUCUUUAUAGCAGGACUGACCUGCAGGCUCAUCCCAGCCACACUGUACCCCGGGCGUGUCAUCCUCUCUCUGGAUUUCAUCAUGUUCUGCCUGCGGCUAAUGCACAUUUUUACCGUCAGUAAGACUCUGGGGCCCAAGAUAAUCAUCGUGAAGAGAAUGAUGAAAGACGUCUUCUUCUUCCUCUUCCUGCUGGCGGUGUGGGUGGUGUCCUUCGGGGUGGCCAAGCAGGCCAUCCUCAUCCACAACGAGAGCCGAGUGGACUGGAUCUUCCGAGGGGCCGUGUAUCACUCCUACCUCACCAUCUUUGGGCAGAUCCCAGCCUACAUUGACGGCGUGAACUUCAGCCUGGACCAGUGCAGCCCCAAUGGUACAGACCCCUACAAACCCAAGUGUCCUGAGGUAGACGCGACGCAGCAGGCGCCGGCCUUCCCCGAGUGGCUGACGGUCAUCCUGCUGUGCCUCUACCUGCUCUUCACCAACAUCCUGCUGCUCAACCUGCUCAUCGCCAUGUUCAACUACACGUUCCAGCAGGUCCAAGAGCACACAGACCAGAUCUGGAAGUUCCAGCGCCACGACCUGAUCGAGGAGUACCAUGGCCGGCCACCUGCACCACCCCCUCUCAUCCUCCUCAGCCACCUGCAGCUCUUUGUUAAGAGGGUGAUCCUGAAGGUCCCAGCCAAGCGGCACCAGCAGCUCAAGAACAAGCUUGAGAAGAAUGAGGAGGCAGUCCUUCUGUCCUGGGAGAUCUACUUGAAAGAGAACUACCUGCAGACCCAGCAAUCCCAACAAAAACAGAGGCCGGAGCAGAAGAUUCAAGACAUCAGCAAUAAGGUGGAUACCAUGGUAGACCUGCUGGACCUGGACCGUCUGAAGAGGUCAGUCUCCAUGGAGCAGAGAUUGGCCUCCCUGGAGGAGCAGGUGGCCCAGACGGCCUCAGCGCUGCACUGGAUCAUCAGGACCCUGAGGAAUGGGGGAUUUGGCCCAGAGGCAGGAGUCCCCAUGCCAGCAUCCCACAAGGCUUCUGAGGAGCAGGGUGCUGAGCUGGGCAGCAGGAAGAAGGUGGAGGAACCAGGAGACAGCUACCAUGUGAAUGCCCGGCACCUUCUCUACCCCAACUGUCCCAUCACCCGCUUCCCUGUGCCCAACGAGAAGGUGCCCUGGGAGACGGAGUUCCCCAUCUACGACCCACCCUUCUACACAGCUGAGAGGAGGGAUUUGGCCAUCGUCGACCCUGUGGGAGACAAUCAAGAACCACUGUCCAAGAUCACCUACAACGCAGUGGACGGUCCCACAGACCGCCAGAGCUUCCACGGCACCUACGCAGUGUGUGCCGGACUCCCGCUGAACCCCAUGGGCCGCACAGGACUCCGUGGCCGAGGGAUCCUCAGCUACUUUGGACCCAACCACGUACUGCACCCAGUGGUCACACGGUGGAGGCGGAAUCAGGACGGAGCCAUCUGCAGGGAGAGCAUAAAGAAGAUGCUGGAAGUGUUGGUGAUGAAGCACCCUCUGUCAGAGCACUGGGCCCUGCCAGGGGGCUCCCGGGAGCCAGGGGACACGCUGCCCCGGAAGCUGAAGCAGAUCCUCCGGCAAGAGUGCUGGCCAUCUUUUGAGAGCUUGCUGAGACAGGGCAUGGAGGUGUACAAAGGGUACAUGGACGACCCGAGGAAUACAGACAAUGCCUGGAUCGAGACAGUGGCCAUCAGCAUCCACUUCCAGGACCAAAACGAUGCUGAGCUGAAGCAGCUGAACUCUCACCUUCAGGCCCGUGACCCAGGGGUGUCCAUCCGGUGGCAGGUGGUGGACAAGCGCAUACCACUGUACUCCAACCACAAGACCAUCCUCCAGAAGGUGGCCACGCUGUUCGGAGCUCACUACUGACCAUGGACUCAGGCUGGCAGCGACGUGCGACAGAUGAGGCCAGCCUGCCGUCAGCACUGUGGACACACGGGCUGCUGUCUCGGUGCCAACACAGAACUCAGCCAACACCAGCUGCUGCCCUAAGCACUUGCAGCUCUAGGCCUUGAGCCUGGGGUGGGCCACUGCUGGACACUGACGGGAGGGACUCAGGGACACAGACUCAUGAAAUAGAAGGCUUCAAGGUGCCCUGAGAGGAGAGAAUCCUAUACAGGGGACUCUGGCAACUGCCAACCAUCACUGCCUCUCUGAGCUGGCUGCCCAUGGAGUGGCCAAGGCCCCUCCCAGCCUCUGCCCUGGCCAUGAGCAGCACACCCACUACACGGGCGCACUGACCUGAGGUUCAGCUUCCUGGACAACCAGGGUUCCCUGUGACCUCCCUGGGCCUGUGCCUACAAGGGCGACCUUCCCUGUCCCUGAGUUAGCCUAACUUGGACUCCCACUUGGCCUGGGCCAGGGGCCCGUGUGAACCCCAGCUCAGUGCCCUCACUGUCAGGUCUAGUCCCCUAGUGAGGGCAGGUGCCCUGGGCAGGCCCAGGCCUUCUCCAGAGGCAUAGCCAGUCUCUGCCAUGUGACCACAGAUCACGGCUGCAGAAGCACAAGCCAGGGGAGCCGAGUGCUGGCCACACCAGGGGGAAGAAGGGGGCAGAUAGCUUCCUGCUUUGGUGUCAGGGACUCACAGAAGCAUAAGCCAUGAGGACUCAUCAGGACAGGGAAUGUAAAAACCCAGCUGCUCAGUCCGCUGCCUCACGCCAGCCUGGCCAUCACUCUGUUUGUUUCCAUGAAUAAAGUCACUGACAAGCCCAGUGGUCAGGGGCUGUGUCUG